AGGGAACAGGGAAGAGAGUGCGGAGGCCCGCUCUCACCGGGAGCAUCGCGCCAGGCCGGAUACUACGCAUAUCUUCAGCAAGCUCAAGCGUUUUACUCAUUUCCCUUCCAUCAGAUGAUGACUGCAGUGCCCAACAUGGAAAUGAUGACUGAGCAGCCAACUCUAGAGGGCAUUCCAGAGCCAAACAUUGCUCAGGAGCCUCCAAAAGAAGUUAAAAAAGGGGGAAGGAAAAGAAAAGCCAAAGCAACUGAGCCAAAGCAACCCAAAAAGCCUGCUGCUAAAAAAGAAAAACCAGCCAAGUCAAAAGGCAAACAAGAAAAGAUCACAGAUACUUUUAAAGUCAAAAGAAAAGUGGACCGUUUCAAUGGUGUAUCUGAAGCUGAACUUCUGACCAAGACUUUGCCUGAUAUUUUGACCUUUGAUCUGGACAUUGUGAUAAUUGGCAUAAACCCUGGCCUGAUGGCAGCUUACAAAGGACAUCAUUACCCAGGACCUGGAAACCAUUUUUGGAAGUGUCUGUUCAUGUCUGGUCUAAGUAAUGAACAGCUGAACCACAUGGAUGACCACACCUUGCCACAUAAAUAUGGAAUUGGAUUUACAAACAUGGUUGAAAGGACAACACCUGGAAGCAAAGAUCUCUCCAGCAAAGAGUUUCGGGAAGGUGGGCGAAUUCUGAUGCAGAAGCUACAAAAGUAUAAACCUCGUAUAGCAGCUUUUAAUGGAAAAUGUAUUUAUGAAAUUUUUAGUAAAGAAGUUUUUGGAAUUAAAGUUAAGAACUUGGAAUUUGGGUUGCAGCCACACAAAGUGCCAGAUACAGAAACUCUGUGCUACGUUAUGCCAUCGUCCAGUGCAAGAUGUGCUCAGUUUCCUCGGGCACAAGAUAAAGUCCAUUAUUACAUUAAGCUGAAAGACUUAAGGGAUCAACUGAAAGGCAUCACACCCAACACGGAGGUCCAGGAGGUGCAGUACACGUUUGACUUGCAACUUGCACAAGAGGAUGCUAAAAAGAUGGCUGUCAAAGAAGAGAAGUAUGACCCAGGCUAUGAAGCAGCAUAUGGAGGAGCUUACUGUGACCGUGCACAGUAUGACACUGACCAGUGCAGCUUGUCUUCAAAUGGAAUUGCGGGAAGCAAUCCACAGUACUGCGAGGGGUCGUCCUUCGGUGAAGUUCCUAAUGGACAGUGGAUGACACAGUCCUUUGCAGACCAGAUUCCAGAGUUCAAUGCUGGCAUGACACGGGAAGAGGAGGGAAGCAGCGUGUAGGAGCUGUUCCUUCUUGGCUAUGCACACAUGCUGCAGUUUUAAUGCAGUCAUCAAGACUGGUACCUCGGUUCUCCAACUGAAGCAUCUGAAUAGUAUUUUACCUCCCCUAGUUAUUUUAUUAUAGUCCAAAGUAAGUGUGUGGUAGGCUGAGAUCAAUGACCUAGAUAAUUUUAAGAAACUGUCCAAACUUUUUAAAAAAAAGUUAGCCCUUUUUUGUAUAUGAGUUUUAUAUUUAAUGUAUACCAUUUCUUGCAGUUUUUGACAAAUUGCUUUCUCAUUUGUGAAGAUUUCUUUGGGGCGUUAAUUUUAUUCCAUAAAUGUUAAUGUGGUAGGAACAGCAGCAGUAUACUUUUUUCUGAUGCCUCAAUAUUUGGACAUCUUAUAAUACUUUUAUAUCCAGAGGGGAAAAGGGGAAGUGCACCCUUAUCUUGUGUGAAGCGGUGUUUUUAAUCAUGCACAGUUAAGGAAAUGGUGCUUUUUAAGCCUGCCUUUUACUGUCUUAAAACGUGCAGAAAGUUGUGUUCUGGAGCUGUGAGUGCUGUCUUCUGGGUAGGAUGAGAGAACUCUGUCUGUUCAGUGAGUGGACCAUAUUCAGGAUGAAAGGACUGAAGACAUCAUCUCGAGUCACGACACUGGGGAGGAAAAUUUGUGUCAUGCAGGACAGGACCUAAAUAUUCUAGCUGAACUGUCUUAGGAUAAGGUUUCCCGACCACUCCGUUUCCCUUUGAACGUGACAAAGAAUUUAAAGACUGCAUUCUGUUUAAAAAUUAUGUGCAGCUAUGUUAUUUACAUCAUAUACAGUUAGCACAGGGUGAAAUAGAUUUGCAGUUCAGCAGUUUUUAACAUUAAGUACUCUUCAAUCUCUAGGACCUUAGAGGGUGUUCCCUUUAUUCCACUUAAAAGUUAAAAACACUGAGUUGAAUACAGGGACAACUGUAUGAAUAAGAAGUCUGUAGAAACUGUAACACUCUUCUGAGGAACUUGACUAAAUGACACACAUUUUUAGCCAAUAUUAGUGACUGGGAAAAAAAAUGAGAUUCCAUCCUGGUGCCUAACUCUCAUCUUUUCCCUCUUUUAUCAUGUGAGGAAAAGAUGUAGUAAAAGCAAUAAGCUGAUCAAAACACUGAAGUUUUGAUGAUCUUAUGACAGUUGGUGCUUCACAUACUUGAAAACAGACACAAACAGUAUCUCCACACUCCAUGCUGGUCAGAGAUUCCUGUACCAGUGUGAUUUAUCCUCUCUUCACAGCUAGUGACAGUUGUCUAGGGUGUGUAACUGGUUAGUGUAGGUUUUAAUCCUGCUGUAACACCUCUUACACAGAUCACACACUGUCAACCUGUUGUGAGGCGGGCAUGAUGUUUACAGUUUCUUCCCAAAUUACGUGGCUUAAUUCUGAAAAUCUUAAGUGAGUGUGCAUUAUGAUUCUGAUUGUGUUUAUAAGCUGCAGCAUAAAGCUGUUCCACAUGUCAAAAGGGUAUAGGACUUGUCUUGUCUGUUAUUUAAAGUGUACUGUAUCAUGCAUAGCUGUUUACAUGGAUGUUCUCCUGCAGGUGCUCGAAGUAUCUUGCAUCAGGGAUUUGUUACAAUUCAGUUUUAUUUUCAACAGAAUUAGAAGCAUGAAAUUAGCACUGCUGGGUAUGUAGCACAGUAGGAUGUAACUCCUGAAAGGCUAUCCUGUUUAACUGGAAGGGAAAGGUCUCUUCCUUAAUGGAAUCACCCACCUGGGUAUCUGGGUAUAAAAUACAGUUGAGUGUACAAUGACCAUUCCACUAAAUACUGCAAUUCUGUGUCCUCCCUGAAAACUGGUGCUCUUUUUGUUACAGUGAUACAGAAGUUCUUAAUCUGUCUUAAAUCUAUCAAUGUUUCACAAUAAAAUCAGGAAUUGU